UCAUUCCUCACGAUACUCAGAAAGAGGAGGCACACUCAGAAUUCACAGUUAUUCACAAGAGGAAAAUGGGCUCAACUCGUAGACCUCUCAGAGGGAAAAAUAGACAAAGAAAAGAAAAAGACCAUCAUGAUGAAAAUAAGACACCUGACAGUGAAGAUAUGAUCAAUGUAGAGAAAGAAACAAUUAGUUUGGAGGAUGAAUCCAUUACAAAUGCAUCUCUGUUAAGAACCACAAAAGAUGGAAUUAAAGUACAGGACAUGGAAUUAUGUGAGGACAAUUAUGUUGGUCCUGUUGAAAGAUCUGAAUCUGCUCUCCUGCAGUCAUCAUGUCGUUCAGAUUUCCUGUCUGAGGAAUCCACUGCAGUAAGUAUCUGUCAUGUCACAGAAUCACAAACCCUCAUGAAACUGAAUGAAGAGUCCCAGGAAAAUGCUGGAGAUGCUGAAAAAGUGGCAGCAGAGGAAAACAAAGACUUACAAUUAGAAACUGAAUCACAAAACAAAAUACCUGACACAACAACUUAUGACGCUGAAGGAACAGAGGAGAAAAUCAAUGAUGUUAGUGUGACAUUAGUCGGAGAAGUUGAAGUUACUGGAGAUACAGGUACAGUGGAGAGUAAUUUGACUACGGAGUCAGAUUUUCUUCAUACUUCUCCUGAUGUACACAUCGAAGCAUUGAAAAUAUCUGAAAAUGUUGAGAAAGAUGUUUCAGGAGAAACAGACACAGUUCUUAAACAAAGUGACAUCAACCUCAUUCCUGAAGAUUCUCACACAGAAGAGGCACACUCAAAAUCAAGUCCAGUUAUUCAAAAGAGAAAAAUGGGCUCAACUCGAAGACCUCUCAGAGGGAAUAAAGGACAAAGACAAGAACAUGAUGAGAAAGAAAUCUUCAUUUUGAAGGAUGAACCCAGUCCAGAUGAAUCCAGAUAUACUGCAGUGAGUGUCUGUGACAUUUCAGAAUCACAAACCCUCCCAAAAAUUCAUGCUGGGUCCCAGGAAAAUUCUGGAGAUGUUGAAAUAGUGCCAGCAGAGGAGGACACAGAACGACACUUACAAAACCAGACAUUUGACUCAACAGCAUUUGGAGGAGAAGUAACAGAAGAGAACAUCUGUGAUGCUAAUGUUUUAGACAAAGAAGUUGAGUUUGUUGGAGAUACAGUUACAGUGGAGAGUAAUAUGACUACGGAGUCAGAUUCGAUUCAAAAUGACACUUCCUCUGAUGCAAACCUGGAAGCAAUGAAAAUAUCUGACGAUGCUGAGUGUAAAGUUCAGGAAGAAACCAUUCCCAAGCAAAGUGACACCACCAUCAUUCCUCAAGAUUCUCAAAAAGCGGAGGCACACUCAGAAUUCACAGUUAUUCACAAGAGAAAAAUGGGCUCAACUCGUAGACCUCUCAGAGGGAAAAAUGGACAAAGAAAAGAAAAAGAACAUCAUGAUGAAAAUGAGACACUUGACAGUGAAGAUAUGAUCAAUGUAGAGGAAGAAACAAUUAGUUUGGAGGAUGAACCCCCUCUAGAUGAAUCUACAUUACAAAGUGUAAAACUAGGAGCAAAAGAACAGGAGAUGGACACAUGCAAGAAAAAUGAUGUUGGUCCUGUUGAAAGAUCUAAAUCCACCGACAUGCAGUCAUCAUGUAGUUCAGAUUUAACAUCUGAGGAGUCCAUUGCAGCAAGUAUCUGUCACAUCACAGAAUCACAAACCCUCAUGAAACUGAAUGAGGAGUCCCAGGAAAAUGCUGGCGAUGCUGAAAAAGUGGCAGCAGAGGAAAACCAAGACCUACAAUUAGAAACUGAAUCACAGAACAAAAUAUCUGACACAACAUCUUAUGAAGCUGAAGGAACAGAGGAGAAAAUCAAUGAUGUUAGUGUGACAUUAAUCAGAGAAGUUGAAGUCACUGGAGAUACAGGUACAGUGGAGAGUAAUAUGACUAUGGAGUCAGAUUUGAUGCAAAAUGACACUUCCUCUGAUGCAAAACUGGAAGCAAUAAAAGUAUCUGACAAUACUGAGUGUGAAGUUCAGGAAGAAACUGACACAGUUCCCAAGCAAAGUGACACCACCAUCAUUCCUCAAGAUGCUCAGAAAGAGGAGGCACACUCAGAAUUCACAGUUAUUCACAAGAGAAAAAUGGGCUCAACUCGUAGACCUCUCAGAGGGAAAAAUGGACAAAGAAAAGAAAAAGAACAUCAUGAUGAAAAUGAAACACUUGACAGUGAAGAUAUGAUCAAUGUAGAGGAAGAAACAAUUAGUUUGGAGGAUGAACCCCCUCUAGAUGAAUUUACAUUACAAAGUGUAAAACUAGGAGCAAAAGAACAGGAGAUGGACACAUGCAAGAAAAAUGAUGUUGGUCCUGUUGAAAGAUCUAAAUCCACCGACAUGCAGUCAUCAUGUAGUUCAGAUUUAACAUCUGAGGAGUCCAUUGCAAUAAAUAUCUGUCACAUCACAGAAUCACAAACCCCCAUGAAACUGAAUGAAGAGUCCCAGGAAAAUGUUGGCGAUGCUGACAAAGGAGCAGCAGAAGAAGGCAAAGACUUACAGUUAGAAAUUGAAUCACGGGACACAAUAUCUGACACAACAACUUAUGAAGCUGAAGGAACAGACGAGAAAAUCAAUGAUGUUCGUUUGACAUUAGUCAGAGAAGUUGAAAUUACUGGAGAUACAGGUACAGUGGAGAGUAAUUUGACUACGGAGUCAGAUUUUCUUCAUUCUUCUCCUGAUGUACACAUCGAAGCAUUGAAAAUAUCUGAAAAUGUUGAGAAAGAUGUUUCAGGAGAAACAGACACAGUUCUUAAACAAAGUGACAUCAACCUCAUUCCUGAAGAUUCUCACACAGAAGAGGCACACUCAAAAUCAAGUCCAGUUAUUCAAAAGAGAAAAAUGGGCUCAACUCGAAGACCUCUCAGAGGGAAUGAAGGGCAAAGACAAGAACAUGAUGAGAAAGAAAUAUUCAUGUUGAAGGAUGAACCCAGUCCAGAUGAAUCCAGAUAUACUGCAGUGAGUGUCUGUGACAUUUCAGAAUCACAAACCCUCCCAAAAAUUCAUGCUGGGUCCCAGGAAAAUUCUGGAGAUGUUGAAAUAGUGCCAGCAGAGGAGGACACAGAACGACACUUAGAAAACCAGACAUUUGACUCAACAGCAUUUGGAGGAGAAGCAACAGAAGAGAACAUCUGUGAAGCUAAUGUUUUAGACAAAGAAGUUGAGUUUAUUGGAGAUACAGUUACUUUGGAGAGUAAUAUUACUACUGAGUCAGGUUUUAUUCAAAAUGACACUUCCUCUGAUGCAAAACUGGAAGCAUUAAAAGUAUCUGACAAUACUGAGCGUGAAGUUCAGGAAGAAACUGACACAGUUCCAAAGCAAAGUGACACCACCAUCAUUCCUCAAGAUUCUCAGAAAGAGGAGGCACACUCAGAAUUCACAGUUAUUCACAAGAGAAAAAUGGGCUCAACUCGUAGACCUCUCAGAGGGAAAAAUGGACAAAGAAAAGAAAAAGAACAUCAUGAUGAAAAUGAAACACUUGACAGUGAAGAUAUGAUCAAUGUAGAGGAAGAAACAAUUAGUUUGGAGGAUGAACCCCGUCUAGAUGAAUCUACAUUACAAAGUGUAAAACUAGGAGCAAAAGAACAGGAGAUGGACAUAUGUAAGAAAAAUGAUGUUGGUCCUGUUGAAAGAUCUAAAUCCACCGAUCUGCAGUCAUCAUGUAGUUCAGAUUUAACAUCUGAGGAGUCCAUUGCAAUAAAUAUCUGUCACAUCACAGAAUCACAAACCCUCAUGAAACUGAAUGAAGAGUCCAAGGAAAAUGCUGGCGAUGCUGACAAAGUGGCAGCAGAGGAAAACAAAGACCUACAAUUAGAAACUGAAUCACAGAACAAAAUAUCUGACACAACAACUUAUGAAGCUAAAGGAACAGAGGAGAAAAUCAAUGAUGUUAGUGUGACAUUAGUCAGAGAAGUUAAAGUUACUGGAGAUACAGUUACAGGGGAGAGUAAUAUGACUACGGAGUCAGAUUUGAUUCAAAAUGACACUUCCUCUGAUCCAAAACUGGAAGCAAUAAAAGUAUCUGAUGAUGCUGAGUGUAAGGUUCAGGAAGAAACCGUUCCCAAGCAAAGUGACACCACCAUCAUUCCUCACGAUAAUCAGAAAGAGGAGGCACACUCAGAAUUCACAGUUAUUCACAAGAGAAAAAUGGGCUCAACUCGUAGACCUCUCAGAGGGAAAAAUACACAAAGAAAAGAAAAAGACCAUCAUGAUGAAAAUGAGACACCUGACAGUGAAGAUAUGAUCAAUGUAGAGAAAGAAACAAUUAGUUUGGAGGAUGAAUCCAUUACAAAUGCAUCUCUGUUAAGAACCACAAAAGAUGGAGUUAAAGUACAGGACAUGGAAUUAUGUGAGGACAAUGAUGUUGGUCCUGUUGAAAGAUCUGAGUCUGCUCUCCUGCAGUCAUCAUGUCGUUCAGAUUUCCUGUCUGAGGAAUCCACUGCAGUAAGUAUCUGUCAUGUCACAGAAUCACAAACCCUCAUGAAACUGAAUGAAGAGUCCCAGGAAAAUGCUGGAGAUGCUGAAAAAGUGGCAGCAGAGGAAAACAAAGACCUACAAUUAGAAACUGAAUCACAAAACAAAAUACCUGACACAACAACUUAUGAAGCUGAAGGAACAGAGGAGAAAAUCAAUGAUGUUAGUGUGACAUUAGUCGGAGAAGUUGAAGUUACUGGAGAUACAGGUACAGUGGAGAGUAAUUUGACUACGGAGUCAGAUUUUCUUCAUACUUCUCCUGAUGUACACGUCGAAGCAUUGAAAAUAUCUGAAAAUGUUGAGAAAGAUGUUUCAGGAGAAACAGACACAGUUCUUAAACAAAGUGACAUCAACCUCAUUCCUGAAGAUUCUCACGCAGAAGAGGCACACUCAAAAUCAAGUCCAGUUAUUCAAAAGAGAAAAAUGGGCUCAACUCGAAGACCUCUCAGAGGGAAUAAAGGACAAAGACAAGAACAUGAUGAGAAAGAAAUCUUCAUUUUGAAGGAUGAACCCAGUCCAGAUGAAUCCAGAUAUACUGCAGUGAGUGUCUGUGACAUUUCAAAAUCACAAACCCUCCCAAAAAUUCAUGCUGGGUCCCAGGAAAAUUCUGGAGAUGUUGAAAUAGUGCCAGCAGAGGAGGACACAGAACGACACUUACAAAACCAGACAUUUUACUCAACAGCAUUUGGAGGAGAAGUAACAGAAGAGAACAUCUGUGAUGCUAAUGUUUUAGACAAAGAAGUUGAGUUUGUUGGAGAUGCAGUUACAGUGGAGAGUAAUAUGACUACGGAGUCAGAUUCGAUUCAAAAUGACACUUCCUCUGAUGCAAAACUGGAAGAAAUGAAAAUAUCUGACGAUGCUGAGUGUGAAGCUCAGGAAGAAACUGACACAGUUCCCAAGCAAAGUGACACCACCAUCAUUCCUCAAGAUACUCAGAAAGAGGAGGCACACUCAGAAUUCACAGUUAUUCACAAGAGAAAAAUGGGCUCAACUCGUAGACCUCUCAGAGGGAAAAAUGGACAAAGAAAAGAAAAAGAACAUCAUGAUGAAAAUGAGACACUUGACAGUGAAGAUAUGAUCAAUGUAGAGGAAGAAACAAUUAGUUUGGAGGAUGAACCCCCUCUAGAUGAAUCUACAUUACAAAGUGUAAAACUAGGAGCAAAAGAACAGGAGAUGGACACAUGCAAGAAAAAUGAUGUUGGUCCUGUUGAAAGAUCUAAAUCCACCGACCUGCAGUCAUCAUGUAGUUCAGAUUUAACAUCUGAGGAGUCCAUUGCAGCAAGUAUCUGUCACAUCACAGAAUCACAAACCCUCAUGAAACUGAAUGAAGAGUCCCAGGAAAAUGCUGGCGAUGCUGAAAAAGUGGCAGCAGAGGAAAACAAAGACCUACAAUUAGAAACUGAAUCACAGAACAAAAUAUCUGACACAACAUCUUAUGAAGCUGAAGGAACAGAGGAGAACAUCAAUGACGUUAGUGUGACAUUAAUCAGAGAAGUUGAAGUUACUGGAGAUACAGGUACAGUGGAGAGUAAUAUGACUAUGGAGUCAGAUUUUCUUCAUACUUCUCCUGAUGUACACAUCGAAGCAUUGAAAAUAUCUGAAAAUGUUGAGAAAGAUGUUUCAGGAGAAACAGACACAGUUCUUAAACAAAGUGACAUCAACCUCAUUCCUGAAGAUUCUCACACAGAAGAGGCACACUCAAAAUCAAGUCCAGUUAUUCAAAAGAGAAAAAUGGGCUCAACUCGAAGACCUCUCAGAGGGAAUAAAGGACAAAGACAAGAACAUGAUGAGAAAGAAAUCUUCAUUUUGAAGGAUGAACCCAGUCCAGAUGAAUCCAGAUAUACUGCAGUGAGUGUCUGUGACAUUUCAGAAUCACAAACCCUCCCAAAAAUUCAUGCUGGGUCCCAGGAAAAUUCUGGAGAUGUUGAAAUAGUGCCAGCAGAGGAGGACACAGAAAGACACUUACAAAACCAGACAUUUGACUCAACAGCAUUUGGAGGAGAAGUAACAGAAGAGAACAUCUGUGAUGCUAAUGUUUUAGACAAAGAAGUUGAGUUUGUUGGAGAUACAGUUACAGUGGAGAGUAAUAUGACUACGGAGUCAGAUUUGAUUCAAAAUGACACUUCCUCUGAUGCAAACCUGGAAGCAAUGAAAAUAUCUGACGAUGCUGAGUGUAAAGUUCAGGAAGAAACCAUUCCCAAGCAAAGUGACACCACCAUCAUUCCUCAAGAUUCUCAAAAAGCGGAGGCACACUCAGAAUUCACAGUUAUUCACAAGAGAAAAAUGGGCUCAACUCGUAGACCUCUCAGAGGGAAAAAUGGACAAAGAAAAGAAAAAGAACAUCAUGAUGAAAAUGAGACACUUGACAGUGAAGAUAUGAUCAAUGUAGAAGAAGAAACAAUUAGUUUGGAGGAUGAACCCCCUCUAGAUGAAUCUACAUUACAAAGUGUAAAACUAGGAGCAAAAGAACAGGAGAUGGACAUAUGCAAGAAAAAUGAUGUUGGUCCUGUUGAAAGAUCUAAAUCCACCGACCUGCAGUCAUCAUGUAGUUCAGAUUUAACAUCUGAGGAGUCCAUUGCAACAAGUAUCUGUCACAUCACAGAAUCACAAACCCUCACGAAACUGAAUAAAGAGUCCCAGGAAAAUGCUGGCGAUGCUGAAAAAGUGGCAGCAGAGGAAAACAAAGACCUACAAUUAGAAACUGAAUCACAGAACAAAAUAUCUGACACAACAUCUUAUGAAGCUGAAGGAACAGAGGAGAAAAUCAAUGAUCUUAGUGUGACAUUAAUCAGAGAAGUUGAAGUUACUGGAGGGACAGGUACAGUGGAGAGUAAUAUUACUACUGAGUCAGGUUUGAUUCAAAAUGACACUUCCUCUGAUGCAAAACUGGAAGCAUUUAAAGUAUCUGACAAUGCUGAGCGCGAAGUUCAGAAAGAAACUGACACAGUUCCCAAGCAAAGUGACACCACCAUCAUUCCUCAAGAUGCUCAGAAAGAGGAGGCACACUCAGAAUUCACAGUUAUUCACAAGAGAAAAAUGGGCUCAACUCGUAGACCUCUCAGAGGGAAAAAUAGACAAAGAAAAGAAAAAGAACAUCAUGAUGAAAAUGAAACACUUGACAGUGAAGAUAUGAUCAAUGUAGAAGAAGAAACAAUUAGUUUGGAGGAUGAACCCCCUCUAGAUGAAUCUACAUUACAAAGUGUAAAACUUGGAGCAAAAGAACAGGAGAUGGACACAUGCAAGAAAAAUGAUGUUGGUCCUGUUGAAAGAUCUAAAUCCACCGACCUGCAGUCAUCAUGUAGUUCAGAUUUAACAUCUGAGGAGUCCAUUGCAAUAAAUAUCUGUCACAUCACAGAAUCACAAACCCUCAUGAAACUGAAUGAAGAGUCCCAGGAAAAUGCUGGAGAUGCUGAAAACGUGGCAGCAGAGGAAAACAAAGACCUACAAUUAGAAACUGAAUCACAGGACACAAUAUCUGACACAACAACUUAUGAAGCUGAAGGAACAGAGGAGAAAAUCAAUGAUGUUAGUGUGACAUUAGUCGGAGAAGUUGAAGUUACUGGAGAUACAGGUACAGGGGAGAUUAAUAUGACUACGGAGUCAGAUUUGAUUCAAAAUGACACUUCCUCUGAUGCAAAACUGGAAGCAAUAAAAGUAUCCGAACAUGCUGAGUGUGAAGUUAAGGAAGAAACUGACACCUUUCCCAAGCAAAGUGACACCACCAUCAUUCCUCAAGAUACUCAGAAAGAGGAGGCACACUCAGAAUUCACAGUUAUUCACAAGAGGAAAAUGGGCUCAACUCGUAGACCUCUCAGAGGGAAAAAUGGUCAAAGAAAAGUAAGAGUGGAAUCCGAGGAAGACACAAAAGCACACUUGGAAGUUCAAUACCAGGAUAAUGUGGUUGAUCACAUUGAAACACAAGAAUUUUUGAAUAUAAGAGAUAAUAAAGAUGAGGACAGAAAGACCACAGAGACAGUGGACAUGUCAGUGCAGGAGCCAUGUGAUGAUUUGGAACUAAAGCAGAGAUCAGAUGUAUCUCAAACACAAUCUGGGCCAUCACAGGAUGAUACUGGCUCACAUUUAUUUGAGGUCCCAGAAAGAACUGCAGAUUUUGUUAGAGACAGAUUUGCCUGUAGAAGUCAUUCUGCUCUGAUCUUGUCUGAUGCUUUGCUUAUGGAGGAAACCCAAAUGUAUGUCUCAUCUGAGAAUGCUGCACCGACAGAGAUGGCUGAAAUGCAUCCAUUCUCCAAAAGGUCUAUGAAGAAGAGAAAAAUGGGGUCAACUCGGAAGAGAGGGAAGAGAAUGGUGAAUGAUGAGGAGGUUGAAGAAGAGAAAGAGGGAGAAGCUGAAAAUACAACAAAUGAUGAUGGGACCACAAAGUCAGAGGAGAAUUUAACUAUUGAAGAAGCCAUUGCAGGAUCUCCUGAACCCCAGCAACUGUUUAUUUCAUCUGCUGAUAGAGAAGGCCAUGAGAUCCAGGAUAUUGUUAGUAAAUCAGAUGUGCAGACAGAUAUCUCAGAACAAAAUUAUCCAAAUUCUUCCAUAAAUCCAAACCUAUUGAUAGAAUCUGAAUGUUCUUCAAAUGUUGCAGCUGAAAUGAUUUCAGACUUUUCAUUGGGAUAUGCUGACACAUACUUAGGUCCUAAACAAAUUGUCAUUGUCAAACAAAGUGUCAUUCCUAAAGAGUCUCAUAGAGAAGAUCAAUCGAGCUUGAAUCCAGUCUUUCAAAAACGUAAGAUGGGGUCAACGCGUAAGACGCUCAGAGGGAACAAAGGGCAGGGAAAAGAAGAAUCCAAAAAGAUGGAUAGAGAUAGCAAAGAAAUGACACAGGAGCAGGAUACCGAACCACAUUUAGCAACCAGUGCAAGAAAAACUGAAUGUAAAUUUGAUGAAAAGGUAGAACAAAACUUCCCUGUUGACUUUUCUCAUCCAGUGGCUUCUUCAAAAAUGUGCCCUGAAUCAGAAAAUGGAGGGAAGGAAGUUUCUCCAAAUAUCCAUGACCUAUCGGAGGUGAGCGAGGAAAAGGGGAUGGAAAGUACUGGAAAUGACAGUAAUAGUGAGAAUGAGGCAAUCAAUCUCUAUGACAGGACAAAGGACAAAUUUGUCUUGAAAGUUAAUAACAAAGAUGUUGAUCAAACUGUGUCUGUAGAUGUUUAUGUAGGAUCAGAGCCUGAACAAACUGAAAACACAGGCCAUGUUUUUCCCACACAAGAACUAAAAAGCACUCAGGAUGAUUUUGUUCAUGAAAUCAGUUCCACCCAAGAAAAGAGGCGAAAGAUGGGCUCAACCCGGAGAAAUCCUAAAGUAAUACAUGGGGAAAAUAUGGCCGAUAAUGCAGAUGCACUUGGUGUGGCAGAGAAUAGCGAAACUAAGAAAGCAGAAGAUGAUUUGGAUGAUAUGCCUUUAGCAUCAAGCAUCAAUCAGUCCAAGGAAGUGUCUUCAGUCAGUACCACAGAUCUUGAAUCAGAAAUGUUAGGUAGUGCAACUGAUUUAAAAGAAGAAAAUGACCAUCAGAACAAUUCUGAACCUAGUGGACCAACAGUGCCUGAGACACCUGAAAACACCCUUCAGUUAGUGAAUGCUGAUGUUACCAAACAUCCACAGUCAGAGACUGUUACUACUGAGAAGAGAAGAAAGAUGGGCUCGACUCGGAAGAAUCUCAGAGCAGGAAGAAACCAAGGAAUAAGAGAAGGUUUUGAGGAAACAGAAACUACAGAUACAAAUCUGCAGAUGCCUCAGGACUCUGAAAUGAGCUUAGGAGACCAAACAUCUUAUGAUUACUCUGAUCAGUCAGAAGAUUCACUUCUCAGUGAGAUAGAGAGAGCAUUAAAUAAGACGUCUCAAAGUUCAAUGAGUAAUGAUGGGGAAUCAAUCAUCAAAGAGCCAAAACACAUAGCGAAUGCUCCUGAUCUCAAUAUGCAAGAAAACUCCGAAAUCAAAUCUCUCCAGCCGACACCAUUGGUUCACAGUGAACCCAACUCACCUGGAGGACGAAGAAGAAAAAUGGGGUCAACUCGCAAGAAUUCCAGACAGCAGCUCAAAGCAGAAAGGGAGGAUGAAGACAAAGAGGAUGGGGAGAAAGAUAUUUCGAAUUUAAGAAUGGAUGAGCAAGAAAUCAAGGAUCUUGAAAGAGUUGAGGUGUCUAUAGUGCCUAAUAUCACUGAAAACAAACUAAAUAAAGAGUAUCUUGAUGUCUCUAGUGCACACACAAGUAGCAGCCAGCUAGAAGAGAGCGCUAACCCUGUUUGCCAAGAAAGGACGUCUCCAUCAACAAAAAGGAAGUUUGGGUCCAGACGUGCUAAUAAGAGCAAACAAGGCCUUAGUAGUCUGGCCACUUCUGAUUUUAAGAAUGAAUUAGAAGAUGGAGAUCAUAAAGCGGACAAGCUGUGCAGUGAUGUCUCAGAGGUUUGUGAUCCAUGCCUCACCUUACAACCAGAGAAUCAACCGAUUACCCAUCCAGUCUCUGAGCAGAGGAACAUGGAAGCCAAAAAUGAAGAAGCUGCUCCAAAAGCCACUGGUGCUGGUCCCGUUUCUUUGGGCCAAAUCAUUAAACCUGAUAGAAGCACUGGAGCUAAGCAGACUGUAAAUUUAAACAACAGUAUUUCAGAUGCUGAAGAAGUUCAGUUUAACGUUGUCAUGGUGGGAAACUGCAGUGUGGGGAAGACUUCCUUCAUCAGACGCUUCCAUGAAGGGCAGUUCACUGAGGAUUACCGCUCCACUAUUGGUGUUGACACCUGUAUACAGACUGUUGCUCUGCCUGACAGAACUGUUAAACUGCAGAUAUGGGACACAGCGGGUCAAGAGAGGUUUCACAGCAUCACCACACAAGUGUUCCACAGAGCUGAUGGGCUUCUGCUCAUGUAUGCAAUCACAUGUUCAAACAGUUUUAUUUCUGUACGAGAUUGGAUCUCUCGAGCUCAGGAAAGGGCUCCUGAUGAUGUCAUCAUGAUGUUGCUUGGAAACAAGAAUGAUUCUGGAGAGCGUGCAGUCCAGAUUCAAGAAGGAGCAGAUCUGGCCAGAGAAUACAACAUAAAUUUCAUGGAGUGCAGUGCUGCAACUGGGGCGAAUGUGUCAGAAUCCAUGACAACUCUAGCAGAGUUGUUAAUGGAGCGCAAGUCACAGAAGGAGAGACACGCAACAUUGAGAAGAGAACCAUCACAGAAGAAAUCCGGUUGCUGUUGAAAACACACUCCCACACACACAACACGCAUGACCUUUCAAAAGUUUGGGUUGGGUAGAUACUUUUUGUAGAAAUUAAUACUGUUAUUCAGCAAUUAUUCAUUAAAUUGAUCAAAAGUGACAGUAAAGAAUAUAUCAAUUCAGGGAGAAAUAUAAAAUAAAUAUAAUAUUAAAAUAAAUGGUGAUUUUUUUUUUAUUGAUCUAUUUAUUUAAGAAUCCUGGAAAAUUUUACAUUCAUAAAUUAUCAGCUUUCCUGUCAGAGGAAUAAAUAAAACCCAUAAAAAGUAAUAAUAUUUCACAAUAUUACUGUUUUUAUCAAUUAAAUGCAGUAUUACUCAGUAUAGCAUACUUUACAUAAAAAAAAAAAAAUUGUGGGUAAUGUGUAAACAAUUUGUAAAAAGAAAAGGCAAAAAAAAAAGUACGCUGCUUAUAUUUUGUUGCUUAAGGAGAAUGUCAUUUCUGUAUUUUAUAAAUAUGUACAAAGUACAAUAAUGAUUUCACACAUAAUUAUAAUAUAAUCAUACAUUUAUUUAAUGUCUGUUAAGUGCUUUAAUUCCUACUGCAAGUGCUGAGUGUAAGUAAAAAUGAAUACAAGCAAAUAAAAAAUCUAUACUCUUA